CCGCUGCGUGUGACGUCACGUUAGUUUAAAACGGGCCGCGCUUCAGACAGACUGGGAGAGCAGCGGAGAGCGAGCAAGCAGAUCGGAGAGGGAUGCCGUUUGACGCAUCACAUAGCCUACCGGAGUCAGCCUGUGAGCGUUGAAAGCAGAUUAAUACACGUCAAGUCUGGGCAAACUCACGGUUGUCUACACAUGAGAACAACAACGGUUUUCCCCUCAUCUGGAGAAUGACAGAGCGAAUAUUAUAAACUGAUUGAAAAGGGAAUCAGUUUGCCACAGCGCGGGUCUGAAAGGGCCCAGAGGCUGGUCUAGUCUUCAGGUCUAGUCCAGUACCCAGAGGCUGGUCUAGUCUUCAGGAUCCUCCAUAAGCACCUUGACCAGAGGGCCACUUGUGUGUGCCCAGGGGCCCAGGGCACGGACUCGUCCCCAGGAUCUCCAGCCAAUCAGUCUUUCUCCUCUACAGACCCUCCACUUCACUUGAGACAUGCUGCCAGGCCCGAGUUCCCCAUUAGUGAUGUCUCUGCUGGCUGUGCUGGGCCUCAUUACCAGCGCAUGGAGCCUCAACCCAGAAGACCCCAAUGUCUGUAGCCACUGGGAGAGCUAUGCGGUGACGGUGCAGGAGUCGUACGCACACCCCUUUGACCAGAUAUACUACACCAGGUGCACGGACAUCCUCAACUGGUUCAAGUGCACCAGACACAGGAUCAGCUAUAAGACGGCAUACCGGCGCGGCGUCAGAACCAUGUACCGCCGGCGCUCCCAGUGCUGCCCCGGAUACUUCGAGAGCGGGGACCUGUGUGUCCCUCUGUGUACGGAGGAGUGUGCCCACGGCCGCUGUGUGUCUCCCGAUACGUGUCAGUGUGAGCCUGGCUGGGGAGGUCUGGACUGCUCCAGUGGCUGCGAGCCCGGCUACUGGGGUCCUCACUGCAGUAACCGCUGCCAGUGUAAAAACGGCGCCCUGUGCAACCCCAUCACGGGGGCGUGUGUGUGCACGGACGGGUACCAGGGCUGGCGCUGCGAGGACCCGUGUGAGCCGGGGUACUACGGCAAGGGCUGCCAGCUGCUGUGCCAGUGCCUCAACGGCGCCACCUGCCACCACGAGACGGGAGAGUGCAUCUGCGCUCCGGGGUACACCGGCGCUUUCUGUGGAGAGCGGUGUCCCUCUGGUAGCCACGGGCCCCAGUGUGAGCAGCGCUGUCCCUGUCAGAAUGGAGGAACCUGCCACCACAUCACAGGAGAGUGCUCCUGCCCCGCAGGCUGGACGGGUUCCGUGUGUGCCCAGCCGUGCCCGUUUGGCAAGUAUGGCAUCAACUGUGCCAAGGAGUGCUCGUGCCGCAACGGCGGGCUGUGCGACCACAUCACGGGCCAGUGCGAGUGCAUGGCAGGCUACAGCGGCAGCAGGUGCCAAGAGGAAUGCCCGGUGGGCACCUACGGGCCCCAGUGUGCCCUUCACUGUGACUGCCAGAACGGUGCCAAGUGUUACCACAUCAACGGAGCCUGCCUGUGCGAUACUGGCUUCAAAGGCCCACACUGCCAGGACCGGUUCUGCCCGCCCGGCCUCUACGGACUCAUCUGCGACAAGUACUGCCCCUGCAACACCACCAACACCAUCAGCUGCCACCCUCUGUCAGGUGAGUGCUCCUGUGCUGCUGGAUGGACUGGCCUCUACUGCAACGAGACCUGCCCUCCCGGUUACCAUGGCGAGGACUGCAACGAUCCGUGCCGGUGUGCCAACGGGGCGGACUGCCACGGCAUCACCGGCGCCUGCAUCUGUGCCCCCGGAUACAUGAGAGAAGACUGCACCCAGACCUGCUACCCGGGGCUGUAUGGGACCAAUUGCUCGUCCGUCUGCUCCUGCCACAACAUGGCCACCUGCUCGCACACGGACGGCUCCUGCAUCUGCCGAGAGGGUUGGCAGGGAGUGGACUGUUCCAUCCUGUGCUCCAGCGGCUCCUGGGGUUUGGGCUGUAACCAGUCAUGCCAGUGUGCCAACGGGGCGGCCUGCGACCCGCUGGAUGGCGUGUGUACCUGCUCCCCCGGCUGGAGGGCGGAACGCUGCGAUGAGCCGUGCCCGGUGGGGACCUACGGCCUGGAGUGUCGCGAGCGCUGCGACUGUAACCAUGCCGACGGCUGCGACGCGGUGAGCGGCCACUGUCGCUGUCUGGCGGGCUGGACAGGGAUUCACUGUGACAGUGUGUGUCCACAAGGCUUCUGGGGUCCUAACUGCUCCUACACGUGUUCCUGCCAAAAUGGCGGCUCCUGCUCGGUGGAGGACGGGACCUGUGUGUGUGCGCCGGGAUACCGUGGGACGUCCUGCAAGAGAAUCUGCUCCCCUGGGUUCUACGGGCACCGUUGUAGCCAGUCCUGCCCACAGUGUGUCCACAGCACGGGGCCGUGCCACCACGUCACGGGCCACUGUGAGUGUCUGUCCGGCUUCUUCGGCUCUCUGUGCAACCAAGUGUGCCCCAGUGGCCGCUAUGGGAAGGCUUGUGCUGAGAUCUGCCUUUGCACCAACAACGGCACCUGCAACCCCAUCGAUGGCUCCUGCCAGUGCUACCCCGGCUGGAUCGGAGAUGACUGCUCUCAGGCCUGCCCCGCGGGCCACUGGGGCCCUGACUGCCUAAACUCCUGCAACUGCCACAACGGAGCCCAGUGCAGUGUGUACGACGGAGAGUGCAGGUGUGGGCCCGGAUGGACAGGCCUCUACUGUACACAGCGCUGUCCGUCAGGCUUCUAUGGGCGAGACUGUGCGGAGGUGUGUCACUGUCAGAACGGAGCGGACUGUGACCACAUCAGCGGUCAGUGUGGCUGUCGCACAGGCUUCAUCGGCAGCAGCUGUGAGCAGAAGUGUCCUGCGGGGACGUUUGGCUAUGGUUGCCAGCAGCUGUGUGAGUGUAUGAACAACGCCACCUGUGACUACGUCACUGGAACCUGCUACUGCAGCCCGGGCUACAAGGGCAUCCGCUGUGACCAGGCAGCUCUAGUGAUGGAGGAGCUGAACCCCUACACUAAGAUCAGUCCGGCGCUGGGCUCGGAGCGGCAGUCAGCGGGCGCGGUCAUGGGCAUCAUCUUCCUCCUGCUCAUCAUCAUGGCGAUGCUGAGCGUGUUCGUGUGGUACCGCCAGCGCCAGAGGGACAAGGCCCAGGACAUGGCCAGCGUCGCCUACACGCCCGCCCUGCGCGUCGCCAACACAGACUACUCCCUGUCAGACACGUCCCAGAGCAGCACCAACAGCCAGUGCUUCUCCAACCCCAGCUACCACACCGUGGCCCAGUGCAGCGUCUCCUCCUCCAUCUCCAACAGCCUGGACGCCACGCUCACCCUCAAGAAGGCCGAUGGGAACAGCUCCGAGUGGAGAGCCUACUGUAACCUGAAUGACCUUGGUGUGCAGCGCGGGGACACCAUGACAUUGAGAGACAACAAAAGCACCAGAAUUGCUAAAGACUACAUGAAGCCCACCCUGUGCACCACAAGCUCCUGCUCCCUGAACGGUGAGAACCCGUACGCCACCAUCCGUGACCCGCCCGGCCUGGCCUGCAAGCACACGGAGAGCAGCUACGUGGAGAUGAAGUCCCCCGGCCCCCGCCAGAUGUCCUUCUGCUCCCCCUCCCCCACCACCACCUCCACCAGCACCACCAGCAGGAACGUCUACGACGUCGAACCUACUGUGAGUGUUCUGCAGGGUCCCAAUGGCCUGGCCACCGGGUUUUCCCAGAGUCCCUACGACCUGCCCCGCAACAGCCACAUCCCCAGCCAUUACGACAUCCUGCCCAUGCGCCACAGCCCCACACAAACGCCGCCGCCUCCGGAGAGCCCUCCCAGCUCCCUGCUGUAGGGCAAGAACCAGGGGGCAAUAGGGGGCUCGCUGGGGCAACAGAAUCCAGGGUGGAUGAAUUACUCUAGUGCUGCCCAAGGCCCUCCCCCAUUUGUCACUCUCUCUGUUUCUUUCUGGCUCUUUCUUUCUCUAUCUCUCUGAACCUCUCCCUCCUUUUAUACUUCUCUCUCUCUCUCUCAGCAUCAACAGGAGUGUUCUAUCAGAAGCUGUGAGGGUGUGAGGGUCAAUCUUUUUUUGUAAAUUUCCUGUUUGUUUAGUUUUGUCACCUUCUCAGUAGUCUCCCUCACUGAAAGACUGGAGUAAAAGAGAAACAGAGAUGUAGAGAGAGAGAUACAGAUGUAGAAGGAGAUAGAGAUGUAGAGAGAGAGGGAGAUAUG